AUGGAUGUACCAGAAAGUUCUUCACAGGGUCUCUCUGUUCGACGAGAUCGUGGCCGUCCACGCGGACCACGACACCGAUCAUCACCGCCUGUUCUAAUCCCGCGACCAACCCCGGUUGCUGCAGCUGAAAACCGUCGUAGGCGUAUGCAGCUUAACAGAGAAACUCUGGUACAAAACGAAAACUUGACUUUACUGAAGAUGUUACCGACAAAUCCCAAAGCAGUACAAAAAACAAGAAUGCAUCAAACAAUCCAGGACAGGCAGAGUAAUGCUGCGAGGGGAAACAUAUGGAGGUACUAUGCAAGACAUAGCAGAUUGAACCAGUUCUUAUUCACAAACUAA